GGACAUCUUUCCCUUAACCGCACAUCCCAUGGGCCUGGGAAUUUCUCAUACACGACGCAAUAUUAUUCUACUACGUAACCCGGUUAGCUUUAAAGCAAGGCUAAUUGGCUAGUUUUUGUCCGUUAUUUUCCAGGCUUAUUAUGGAAGCAUAGCCAUACAUAUCCCGAACAGGAAAAUUCAUUAUCGAGGCAGGUUCAGGUACCCGCAACUACUAUACGCCACUUGGAUUAUUAUACUUCCUGGAUCUCUAAUUGUGGCGACAUGAAUGGAGAAAUGACCUCAAGAGGGGAGGAGACUGCCACCGACAAGCCCAUGUAUCCAAACCACGGUCAAAGUGGCCCGUCCAUCACCCAAAUCCAAGGAAAAGACCGGAUGGAAUGUCUACCUCUGAGUCAGGUCAUAUCUGAAUUGGCCCCCAAGCCUCCAGCACUAGACCCACGGGCAUCCAAGUCUCUGUCCCUUGAAGAGCAAGAAAUUCUGUUUAAUAACCUUCAAGAUAUUCUCAAGGCUGCCGAGACUAGAUAUCAAGACAGCUCCAUGAUUGAGGCUAACAAAGCAAACUUUCCUUUUAAGCAACUCGACGCCGCUUUUGAAGGCCUUCAAGAUAUCCUGCUUAAGCUCUGGGAGUGCAGAUCGGACUAUUUAGUGCAAGCUGCAGAGGCUCUGGCAAAUGGAAGUAGAAACCCACUGUGGCGACUUCCAUAUGGACAGAGUGGUGUACUAGCCUUCUUCCUCCAAAUUAUUGCCUCAAAGGAAGAUGUCAGCACAGGUCUAUUCCUUCAUGCUUUGCGGUUAAUUGGAAACUCGUGUGCCGACACUGAUGAGAAUAGGACAAUUGUUGUGAAAGACAAUUACACUUCCGCGAUCAUUCAACAUCUUUUAAACCCCGAACUGAUAGGGGUAGUAGUACCUGUUAUAUACAAUAUAUGCGUUGAUUUUGAGCCUGCCCAAUCCCAGCUGGCUGCGAACAAAAUAGUAUACAUUCUCCUGAGACUAUUAAAGGAGGACACGUUCCAGGGCAAUGAAGCAUUGCUUGACUUUAUUUUUGAGCUCAUAGAAUUGGCUGCGGAGCAAGAGCAAGGGGUAGAGUCUUCACCUGACGAAACUAUCUCACUUCUUAUUGGUCUUGCCCUUGACAAGGAGAUUGCUCAUACUGUGUCCCGGUUUUCUGGUAUAACAACUUGCUCAGUGGCGUAUCUUGGCAAUAAGCGAUUCCAGGAAAUUUGCAUAACCAGAUACAUUGUAGCCGACGUAUUGACGGUGCUUACCAGGUCAUUGACUUUUGAGGCUGAGAGCUCCUCUAGCGACGACAUUCAAGCAUUGGCACAACUGCGGUUGAAGACUAACCAGACACUAGCAGACUUGUCUAGCUUGCCAUUAUUCGCCGAAUAUUACCCCAUUGGCUCAUCUCUUUCACAGGUAUUGAUAGGUUGGUUACAUAGAACAGAGGAUCAUCUCCAGAUAUGUUCCUGUGUCAUGUUAGGUAACUUGGCUCGUUCGGAUGAUGUAUGCCAAGUGAUGGUCCGAGACUUGUGUAUGCACCAAGAUUUGAUAUCGGUCAUUAAGAGUGAUGCUAGGGGAGCCGUCCUUCAUGCUGCGCUAGGGUUCCUAAAGAACCUAGCAAUUGCUAGAGACAAUAGAUCGCAGCUGGGAAGGGCUGGUAUCAUUCCUGCAGUCUCCCGCCUCUGGGCAUACGAGGCGGUACCACAAGUACAAUUCGCGGCAACCAGCAUCGUACGCCAAGUCAUCAUUUCUUCGGUCGAAAAUAUUUCUCAUCUACUAGAGGAUCUCCCAAGGGGUGAAGACCGUAGAACUUAUCUUUCCCAUCUGCUUUCGCUGUUUGAGAAAACGGACUCCACUCCUAUCAGGACAGAGGUUGGACGCAUUGUAGCAUCUAUAUGUCGUACUCUUAUCCCGAAAUCUCGCGAACGGGAUCAAGAGGCAGAAGCCAUCCUCAGGCGUCUCUUUAGCAUGCACAAGGGAAUUGCGUUCCCAAUAGGUGCUAUGAUCUCCCAGACACAGUGGCCUGUUGUUCGGAGUGAAGGUUGGUUUGCUCUCGCUCUGAUGGCAUCUAGUCAACCCGGUUCGGUGGCAGUUGUGUACUGUCUUGAAGAGAUGGGUCUGCUCCCAACUCUUGAGCAAAGUCUAAGUGCAGAAUUGCUUAAUUCAACGGACGAAGCGGGAAAAUUGCAAUUGACUAAGGAUCGUGACAACAUAAUUGUCCUCAUGCAAGAACUGUUGAAACGGGGCUCCAUCCAACUUUCGGAGUCGGCUAAAGAUACGUUACAAGGCCUGAUGGAUAGCCAGGUGCCGCGGCACUUGGAGAGCACCAGAAAACAUUGAAUAUGCACUCAAACAUCACCUCGCAUCGCACUAUCAUUCAAAACCUCAUAGGAUGUUCCUUGGGCUAGUCCUCUCCAUCAAGCCUCACGGAAUAAGAAACAGCAAUCCC